AUGGCCACUAGCAAACCCCAACGGUUCUCCGAAGCCGAUAGGGCACAGGUCAUUUCUGCGCUCCCUGAAGGCGACAUCCCUAUCACAGACCAUUCAAUGGAUGCUGAUGAACGUGUCAUUGUUUCUCUAGGAUAUAAACAGGAGUUCAAGCGCGAGUUUUCCCUCUGGACCACUUUCUGUGUCAGUUUUUCAGUUCUUGGACUUUUGCCAUCGUUUGCUAGUACGCUAUGGUACGGUAUGGGAUAUGCGGGUACCGCGGGAAUGGUCUGGGGCUGGCUUAUCGCAAUGGCUUUUAUCCAAUGUGUUGCCAUGAGUAUGGCUGAACUCUGCUCUGCAAUGCCCACAAGUGGUGGCCUUUACUAUGCAGCAGCAGUUCUAGCACCGCCCAUGUACGGCCCUUUCGCUGCUUGGAUUACAGGAUGGUCCAGCUGGAUAGCCCAGGUAAUGGGAGCUCCAUCUGUGGACUAUGCCACAGCAGCCAUGACUUUGGCUGCAGUCUCGAUCAAUAAGCCAGACUACAUCCCGACGGAGUAUCAAACGUUCUUACUCACGACCUUGAUAAUGAUUUUUCAUGCGGUUCUUAGUAGCAUGCCGACGAAAUGGAUUGCCCACUUAAAUUCGUACGGGUCGGUCUUCAACAUCAUCGCCCUUGUGAUCGUCCUCAUUGCCAUUCCCAUAGGAACGACUAACUCUCCCAGGUUUUCCUCACCCUCAGAGGUCUGGGGAAAUAUAUACGACGGCACCUCAUAUCCGAAAGGCCUCUCAGUCCUAAUGUCUUUCGUCAGCGUCAUCUGGGCGAUGUCGGGAUAUGAUUCCCCAUUCCAUUUGAGCGAGGAAUGUUCGAAUGCGAACGUCGCAUGUCCCCGCGCCAUCGUAAUCACUUCCAGCUUUGGUGGGCUUAUGGGAUGGUUCCUCCAACUUGUCGUUGCCUAUACAGUUACAGAUAUUACAGCAGUGCUGGAAUCGGACCUAGACCAGCCGUGGGCGUCGUACUUGUUCCAAGUCAUGCCCCAUAAACUAGCAGUUGCCAUCCUCGCCCUGACAAUUAUCUGCUGCUUCUCAAUGGGCCAGGCAUGCAUGAUUGCCGCUUCCCGCGUUACAUAUGCAUAUGCUCGUGACGACUGCUUUCCGUUAUCCAAUAUCUGGAAAAAAGUAAACCCGUACACCCACACACCCGUCAAUGCCGUCUGGUUCAACUGUGUCAUUGGGAUAUUAUCUUGUCUGCUCAUAUUGGCGGGAGAUAUUGCCAUUGGCGCUCUAUUUUCUAUUGGAGCCAUCGCUUCAUUUACCGCCUUCGCUAUCCCAAUUGGCAUUCGAGUUCUGGUUGUGAAAGACCGUUUUCGGCCAGGACCCUGGAACCUGGGGAAAUAUAGCACCCCCAUAGGAGCUGCGGGAGUUUUGUUUGUCAUAUUGAUGAUUCCGAUUUUGUGUCUUCCGGCAACGACUGGAUCGGAACUGACCCUCAAGGACAUGAACUGGACCUGUAUCGCAUACGGUGGCCCAAUGUUCCUAAUAACCAUCUGGUGGUUCAUCGAUGCGCAUAAGUGGUUCAAAGGCCCUAAAGUCAACAUCGAGCAUCGCCCGCAGUUGCACGGGGAAGAGGAGCCCGUCGUUGCAAGUAUUGUAGCCGAUCUGAGGAGUACCGAGAACAAGAGCACCUCCUCUGCUUCAGGGAAUGAUGUUGAGAAUCUUCAGGUAAAGUGAUAGGCUUCGUUUCGUCUGUUCCAACAACUUGUUUCAUUUAUUGAAGGCAUAUAUGGUUAUUUCAUACCAUAUGGCUAUGGAAAAGGGGAGGGAGAAAAUUUAUGGAUGGAUAGAAGGAUUUCGAGAGAGUUCAUGGAGGUUAUAGAAAGAGGGUAUGUAUAUCUCCUCACUUUUCUUUUCCUCUCCACGCUUAUGCCUCGCAUCCACACGUGGGGCUGAAUAUCAACCUGUAUUGGGGGGGCGAUACCUGUGUCUUUAUUUUUGAAAGGAUGAAGGGAGCAGCACCUCCUAUAUUUCGGGUCCAUUGCUUUCCUCCCAAGGAAAUGAUUGGUUUAUUUUAAAUGCUCCUUCAAAUCCCGCCCACCACCACUCCUUCAGAAAUAAUAGCGGGAUAGGACAUCUAUACACUCAAUUCACAAAGCAAAAAAAAAAAAAAAACAGGUGAAACAAAUAGAGAAAAUGCCGAAUUGA